AUGGAUCUUACGCCAUGGCUGUUCUUUCUUCUCCUCGCCUUCUUCUUGAAUCCAUUAAGCACCUCUUCUUCUUUGAGCCGUUACAUUAUUCAAAUAGAAGAGCCGAUUGAGUUGCUGGUGGAAGCAAGCCUGAAGAGGUGGCACGAAUCUUUCCUGCCGCCGGCCGUCGAGGGGUCUAGCGUCGAACCACGGCUGCUGCACUCCUAUAGCGACGUCUUCAGCGGGUUCGCCGCCACGCUGACAGAGGAAGAGUUGCAGGUGAUCGGGAAGAAGAGAGGCUUCGUGCGCGCGUUCCCCGAUCGAGUGCUGCGCUUGAUGACCACCCACACUCCGGAUUUCCUCGGACUUAAGGUCGGGAGUAAGGGGCUAUGGAACGACUCAAAGCUCGGGAGCGGAGUCAUCAUCGGAGUUCUCGACUCCGGCGUGACGCCCGGCCAUCCUUCCUACGACGACGAGGGCGUCCCGCCUCCACCCUCAACUUGGAAGGGCUCGUGCGAGCUCGAGACCGGUUGCAACAACAAGCUGAUCGGCGCCAGGUCUAUGAUCGCUGGCUCGGGUCGGAGUCCUCCCGUCGACGAGAUCGGCCACGGGACCCACACUUCAGCUAUCGCCGCAGGUAACUUCGUCCGCGACGCGAGCUACCUCGGGUUGGCCAAAGGCACGGCCGUCGGGAUGGCCCCUCGGGCUCACCUCGCCAUCUACCAGGUCUGCGACCUCAAUGGCAACUGCAGUAUCGCCGAUGCCCUCGCCGGGUUGGACGCAGCUGUUAAGGAUGGCGUCGACAUCCUCUCUCUCUCAAUUGGCGACCGUUCCAUGCCUCUUGAUCAAGAUCUCAUCGCCAUCGGUUCAUUCGCGGCGGCCAAGAAGGGCAUCUUCGUCAGUUGCGCCGGUGGCAACGAUGGACCUGACUACUUCACCGUCUCCAACGAGGCACCGUGGAUGCUCACCGUGGCGGCCAGCAGUGUCGAUCGAAGCUUUAGGGCCUCCGUGAAGCUUCCCAGUGGGAAGGUGAUCUCCGGAGAGUCUCUCGACCAACCUAGCAACUUUACUAAAAGCUCUCUUCCUCUAUAUUACUCCACCGAGUCACCGACCUGUGACAUGGAUCCUCCCGAUGAUAGCCACAGGGGCAAUGUCUGGGUCUGCGAGGCCGACAUCAGCCGUGUUGUAGGUGUGGCGGCAUUUGCCAAGUCCCACGGUGCCAGGGCGUUGAUUUCCAUUUCCCCGAAGAUAGAGGGUGCCACCGUCCUGAUUACCAAGAUGGACUUUCCCGGAGUUAUGCUCGCCAACCAAGAAGGCUCCGAACUCAUAUCGUAUUUGAACUCUGCUUCCGACCCCUCCGCGUCGAUCAUCUUCAGCGGGAUGGUUCUCAACGUAUCCUCCAACCCAACCGUGGCUUUUUUCUCUUCCCGGGGGCCAUCUCAGGCAGCACCGGGAAUCCUAAAGCCAGACAUCUCCGGCCCUGGACUUAACAUCUUCGCAGCCUGGAUUCCGUCCGGUGACACUCCGAAGUACAACAUCGAAUCCGGCACGUCCAUGUCAGCUCCUCACCUUAGCGGAGUCGCCGCGCUCUUAAAGGCCGCACAUCCUACGUGGUCGCCGGCAGCUAUCAUGUCGGCGAUCAUCACCACAGCAGACGCCAACGUCUCUGAUGAGUUUCUUGAGCCGGCGCUCUAUUUCGCCAAGGGCGCAGGACACGUCAACCCUAACAAAGCUGCCGAUCCUGGUCUUAUUUACAAUAUCACCAACAAUGACUACGUCUCCUACAUUUGUGGCAAAUUCGGCGAAGAAGGCGCCAGAAAUAUAGCGCGCGGAGUCGUGGACUGCUCGAACAGCAUGACCGAAGAGGAGCUCAACUACCCGUCAAUUCUGCUGGCCCCCAAAUGUGGGACGGCGGCCAAAGUUACCCGGACGGUCACGAACGUCGGACCAGCAAGAUCGAGCUACAAGUGGUCAGUGACCAUAUCGAAGACUUUCGUGUCAGCUACUAUCACCCCCAAGACGCUAACGUUCACCGAGCUAAACGAGCAGAAGUCGUUCACCGUGAGUGCAAAAUGGGGCAUCGGCAGAGCUCCCACUUCUGGCAAUCAAUUCGUGGAGGGAAAGUUGACUUGGACCUCCAAUGAUGGUAAGCAUGUGGUGACCAGUCCAUUUGUUGUCUCCUCCUUGGAGUACUGA